AUGGCCUCUUUCUGCACUGUUGAUGUUCUACAACAGGAGAUUUUAAUUGAGCUACAUCCUCCAACUGUGGAACCUCUCUAUGAAGAUGUGCGCCAGAAACUGGGUGGAACGGUCACCCUGAGCUGUAAAAUGGUCAGCGGUAACCCACUGAGAGUGACCUCUGUCACCUGGACAUUUAAUGGGAAUCGUCUGGAAACACCGCCAGCAGAACCACAGCUGGAAUCCAUGAGGCAGAUUAACCAGCUCACAGCGAAACAAUAUGGCACCUACCAAUGCAUUCUGGCCAAUGAUGUCAGCUCAGGAACGUGCCUCUUCAACCUGAGCGGACGAGCCUACCCACCUGAAUUUUAUUAUGACACUCCGAACCCAGUGAGGAUCCAGAAACCGAACCUUUACCUCUUCAUUUUGCAGUGGACCCAGAAACUACCGUACGCUGUCGGAAAUGUCCUGGAAUAUAAACUCCUCAUCCAGCAAGAGUGGCUGCGUAUUCCCCACUCCCUCUGUUCCUGGAUUCCGAUCUUGGAAAGUCUACAUCAACACCUUUGUAAAGUUAAACCCGAAGUAGGAUUUAUUUCUCAAACUCCUACAGGGUGUGGCAGUGAGCGGGGAGCACUACUUAACAUGGGAAAACUCACAUACACGCACCAGGAGAGAUAG